GGAGAAGGUUGCAUAUUAUAGUACAAUACAAUAUACAAUACAAUAUACAAUGCCCGGGAUGGUUAGGGCUAGCACCGGCACCCUGGAUCAAGCGUCUAUCUUAUACCGUACGCGGGGCACAUUAUGCGACACGUCUAUUAUUCAUAUCCCGUCUGUCGGCGGGUGCGGGGGCGAGCUUGUAAUAAUUAUUUUGUUGCUUUUGCCUUGGUAUUAUACUCCUGCUCUGCGAUACCACGAGGAGUCGAAAACUUGAUAUCGAGAUAUAGUUGGGACAGGGAGUUUCUAGGUUAGUCUCUACAACUGAAAUCUCUAAUAGACAACGACCCUGUCUACCUAGGUAGAGAGUAGAGAUGCCACGACUAUCUUCACAAUGCGCCCUUCCGCUCCCGGGCCGGCUGAAGGCUCUCCCACUACCCGUGGUACAAAUCAUCGGGACGCUGAUAUUCGCCAACAUGAUCGUCUGGGCGGCGGUCGGCGUAGUACUGCACUACUACCCAACCAUGAUCAGCCCAGCAGUCCUAUCAUACACGCUAGGCCUACGACACGCGCUCGACGCCGACCACAUCAGCGCCAUCGACCUGAUGACCCGGCGACUGAUCGCGUCGGGACAGCGGCCCGUGACCGUAGGCACGUUCUUCAGUCUGGGCCACUCUACCAUCGUCAUUAUUACCUGUAUCGUUGUGGCGGCUACUAGCGGCGCCCUACGCGACCGGUUCGACAAUUUCCAGUACGUCGGUGGGAUCAUAGGCACUAGCGUCAGCGCUGCGUUCCUCAUCCUGCUGUGUCUUGGAAACGGUUGGGUCUUGUAUCGCCUUGUGUGCCGUCUCCGUGCCGUCCUCCGCGAGGCGGACCCGCAUCGCUCGGAGGAAGACGGAGCAGACGAGGAUCAGGCUGCGACUAACUUGCAGCUCGAGGGCGCUGGGUUCCUUGCUACUGUGUUUCGGAAACUAUUUCGCAUUGUCGACCGGCCGUGGAAAAUGUAUCCUCUCGGCGUCUUGUUUGGACUCGGGUUCGACACAAGCUCUGAGAUUGCUAUCUUGGGUAUCGCAAGCAUUCAAGGGGCGCAGGGGACAAGUCUUUGGGUUAUUCUCAUAUUCCCGCUCUUGUUCACAGCGGGAAUGUGCAUGUUAGACACGACGGACGGAGCCCUCAUGAUGGCGUUAUACUCGUCCAAGGCAUUCGCGCGUGAUACAGUCGCCAUCCUGUACUACUCGAUCGUACUGACGGGCAUCACGGUCGUCGUCUCGGCGUUUAUCGGCGUCAUCCAGAUCCUGUCGCUUGUGCAGAAUGUUGCCGAACCCGAGGGCUCCUUCUGGGAUGGUCUCGGCGAGAUCGGCGACCACUUCGAUAUCAUCGGCGGCUCUAUUUGCGGACUAUUCCUCGUCGUCGGGCUCGGUUCCGUCCUUGCCUACAGGCCCUGGAGGCGUAGGGUCGAGAGGAGGCGUCGCAUUGCUAGCGAAGCGCAGAGUUUACCGUCGGAUGAUGCUGAUGGUGCAUUCCACGAUGUGGAGGGUUGAUUCGCUGGGAUAUAGAUUAGUGGGAGGUAUUCAUUACCGUUGAACGACUGUGAGUUGUGCAGCUGAAACUAUGCCGCGUGACGCUGUUAGAGCCUAUAGAGAUAACACCCAUAUUGGGUAGCUUAGAGGAAGCGUAUACGUCGAUAAUAAUGCCUAGGUACCUACCUAAGCUACCUAGGUAGGGAUGGCCUUUAUCGAACAAGUCAUAUAAUACUAGUAAAACUCUGCCAAUGUGACAUGAUGUUGGAAUUUUCAUUUUUAUUUGAGUCGUGUCG